AUGACUGAAUCACCAAAAGACGUCGACCCUUGUCUGGCCUCAUUGACCCACUUUGUGGAUCACACCGAUCAAUUGGCGGAGCACACGAUGAAUUCAGUCGAGUGGGAAGCUAUCGAAGUUCUGAUGCCACGGAUACUUCGGGGAAAAUCGAAAGACGACGUGAAACAGUUGUUGCUGGCGGAGAUUGACGGAAUGUCGAAGAAGAGGCUGAUGGCUGUGUUGGCUGGAGAAGAGUUAGAAGAAUCGUCGAGUUCUGAAGAGGAGGACGAAGUUAUGGAAGAAGAGGAGGAGACGGCUGAAGGAUCUCGAGCAUCAGUGGAUUCAGAGAAACCAAUAAACGAGGAAAAACAAGAAGAAAGUAGUCCAGAGCCGAUUCAAGCUGACAAUAACGAAGUGGAAGAAGAGCCGGAAGAGGGAGAAAUCAAUGACAACGAGGAGAUGAACAGAUCAAUAACACCUCCAGAUCCAUCACCGCCAAAAUCUGAAGAGAAAGAAGAGGAAUUAGAUACUGAUGAGGAGAUCGAUCGGCAGCUGGAGAGGGAGCUCGAAGAUUUCAUUUGA